GACCAAAUAGUGAGGGUAAUUGUUGAAUGUUGAAAGUGUGGUUGAAGUUACAGGCAUUGGUCCGAAGUAGGAUACUAGGUAGGUGGUACCCUACAUGUGCGUGUCUUGUGUUUUGUUCUUCCCUUUCUCUUCUUCUAUAAUUCACCAACCCAACAACCUCAUCACUUUCUAUUCCGUUUUUUUUUUUCUUUUUUUUUUCUUCACCAAGCAUUGAAAAACAAAAUCAAAUAUUCAUCUAUAAAUAGAUCCAUCACACAACAACCACAUCGUUCGUUCAUAAACUCUUCCUUAGAUCCAAUCCAAUUACUCAUUCUCUUUCCGAUUAAGAAGAAAUGGCUCGCAAGAAGAUCAGAGAGUAUGAUUCCAAGAGAUUGUUGAAGGAACACUUUAAGAGACUCUCUGGCAAGGACUUACCAAUUAAGUCUGCACAAGUUACAGAGGCCACUGAUUUCACAGCGCUGCAAGACAAGGAACCUUGGCUUUCUUCUUCAAAAUUGGUUGUGAAACCCGACAUGUUAUUUGGAAAGCGUGGUAAAAGUGGUUUGGUUGCCUUGAAUUUGGAUUUGGCACAAGUUGCUUCAUUCGUGAAAGAGCGUCUCGGUAAAGAGGUUGAAAUGGGUGGAUGCAAGGGACCAAUAUCAACUUUCAUUGUCGAACCAUUCAUCCCACAUAAUGAAGAGUUUUACCUUAACAUUGUUUCUGAUAGACUUGGGAACAGCAUAAGCUUCUCAGAAUGUGGAGGAAUUGACAUUGAAGAUAAUUGGGAUAAGGUUAAGACUGCAUUUGUUCCGACAGGAGUGUCUCUUACAUCAGAAAUCGUUGCCCCACUUGUUGCAACCCUUCCCUUGGAGAUCAAGGGAGAAAUUGAGGACUUUCUCAAGGUGAUUUUCACUUUGUUUCAAGACCUGGAUUUCACUUUCUUAGAGAUGAAUCCUUUCACAUUGGUUGAUGGAAAGCCUUAUCCUUUGGAUAUGAGAGGCGAGCUAGAUGACACUGCCGCUUUCAAGAACUUCAAGAAAUGGGGUAACAUUGAAUUCCCACUACCAUUUGGAAGGGUUAUGAGUGCCACUGAGUCUUUCAUUCAUGGAUUAGAUGAAAAGACAAGUGCAUCUCUAAAAUUUACCGUGUUGAACCCAAAGGGUCGAAUUUGGACAAUGGUUGCUGGGGGAGGUGCUAGUGUCAUCUACGCUGACACAGUAGGAGAUCUCGGCUUUGCAUCUGAGCUUGGAAACUAUGCAGAAUAUAGCGGUGCACCCAAUGAAGAGGAGGUUUUGCAAUACGCCAGAGUUGUAAUUGAUUGUGCAACUGCGGAUCCUGAUGGCCAAAAAAGGGCUCUUGUUAUAGGAGGAGGCAUAGCUAACUUUACCGACGUUGCUGCUACUUUUAGUGGCAUAAUUCGGGCACUUAAAGAGAAGGAAUCGAAGUUAAAGGCCGCAAGAAUGCACAUUUACGUGAGGAGAGGGGGUCCUAACUACCAAAAGGGUCUAGCGAAAAUGCGAGCACUUGGAGAGGAAAUCGGCAUCCCCAUUGAGGUUUAUGGACCUGAAGCAACAAUGACUGGUAUAUGCAAAGAGGCAAUACAGUGCAUUACUGCUUCUGCUUAACUCUCCAUUUCUGGUCAAUGCUUCCUGGGUAUCGUGUCAUUCGCAAGUUGAAGUUAAUGUUGAUUAUUGAUUUACUUUCCCGUUCCUGGAGUUUGUAUAUUUAGUUAGACCAUAUGUUUAUAAAAUCAAGCUAUCUAAAAAGAGUGGUUGAGAAUGUUGUCUCAUUUUUUGUAGAAUUUUAUGGUACUGUCUUGAUACAAUAAAGAGAUUAUUUUUCUUUUGAUUGAUA